AUGACGAAAACUUUGCUGGACUUGUGCAUUGCUCAGAAGAACCAAUUCAAUUGGAGCAACAGAUGCAUCACUAAGUUGGGAUGGAAGAACGUGUACCGCAGCUUCAACCAACAGACUGGGAUGAAUUUGGGUAGCAAGCAGCUGCAGAACAAGCUCAACGCCCUGCGGAGAACAUUCGUGAGCUGGAGGGACUUGCAAAUCCAAUCUGGUGGUGUUGCUGCUGAUCCCACCUUUUGGGAAGACGAAGAAGUGGAAACCAGUGGUGGUGCUGCCCAGCCAAGUUCCCAGUCGAGUUUUGUUAAGCCUCCACCGUUCAUCGAUGAAUUGUAUGAGUUGUAUGGCUGUGACCCCCAAGACAGGGGCACCUUGCUAACGGCCGGAGGUAUUCGUGAGGCGACACCUAGCGUGGGGACUGAGGGCAAUGCAGCAGACUUGUACCAGGACCCCAUGCGUGCUAGUAGUGCUCAUAACUUGUCCAAACGGUCGUCCCAGGAAAUCUCUGUUGACAGUCCUCCGAAAAAGAAAAGUGACAGCUUGGAGGACUACUUCAGAGAUAUUUCCGAAACUGUGGCAAACAGGAGUCAGAAAUGUGCUGACCGUGAACAGGAGGAAAUGGACCAUGCAAUGCAGCUUAUAGAAGAAGAUGGUCUACAGGAGGGGUCUCCGCUUUACUGCCAGACACUUUAUUUAUGUACUAGGAACCCGGGUUAUCGGAGGUCCUUCACGAAGAUGAAAAUGAAAGAGGGCUGA